UUUUAAAUGUCAUUGAACUUUUACUCGUAUUUGGUGCCAACAUCUUAAAAUUAAAAGUUACUGUCAGCAAUUUGUUACAACGAAUAAUUGAAAAAGAAGAAGUUUAUGAUACAUCGUUUUCUUCAUCUCGUAUUUCUAGGCAGGCACACAAACACUCGUAUCAAAAUAUUCUGUUUAUUUCAGAUCUGUUAUUGGCACUCUUGAAAGUCUUUUAUGGCGCAGUAUAACUAGCAGAUGAUACGGCUGUGAUUGUUUACAAAUGAAUAUAUAUGUCCUGGCUGACAUACUUUUGUUGAUUAUGUGUUAAAUUUUUAAAGUGCAAGUCUUCUCAUUGCAGAACUUUGAAUGUGGUGCACUAUAAUCACAUACGUGUAGAUACCAGGCCUAUUUUUAAGUUGUAGUCCAGAACUGCCUUUAAUAUGUCUUCACUUGUCUUGAAAUUAAAAACGAAGUCGGGUCAGAAUGUAGUUGAAGGAUUAACAGCAGCAAGUACUGUACGUGAUCUGAAGACAAAGCUCUGUUCGUUGACGAAUAUAGGAGAAAUGAACCUUCAUGUGCUGAGUGGCUAUCCCCCGAAAGCACUAGACUUAUCAGACAACGAAGCGAACUUAAGAAACGUCGGAAUAUCGUCUGGUGAUGUUUUAAUAGUUGAAAAUAAACCUGGUGCAAAACCGAAAGUGAUUUCAAGAAACGAUGUAAUUCCUGCAACUAGACUGGAUAACGAUAGAGUGAGACCUCACGUAACGGAUGCAAUCAGUGACUUUCCAGGGGUUCUUAUGCGGAAAAUAGUUCCUGCCGACAACUCUUGCUUGUUUACGAGCAUUGGCUUUGUCCUUGGAGGCAAAGUGGAUCCCACCUGUGCUUCAUACAUGCGGCAGAUAAUUGCAGAAGAGGUCAUUAAUGACGGGGAUUCGUACUCCGAAGCCAUCCUGGGGAAACCUCCGCGAGCCUAUUGUGACUGGAUAUUGCGGCCCGACUCCUGGGGCGGUGCCAUCGAGCUCUCCGUGCUCUCUCACUUCUACGGCAUCGAGAUCGCUGUCGUCGACACACUGAAUGCCAUCGUCAACCGUUUUGGUGAAGAUCGCCACUAUCCUCAACGCGUUUUCCUAGUCUUUGAUGGGAUCCACUACGAUCCACUCUACAUGGAGCAGGGGGAUGAAACUGAUGUCCGGGAAUUGACCUUCAAAUCAUACAAGUACCUAGCAAGUGGACGAGACCGAGCAGCCCGUGAGGUCCCCAAGUAUCAGGCUACAAAUCAAAAGGUUUGGUAUUUUACAUGUCUGUGACCUCUUGCAGUGAGUUGUUAAUACGAAAAAUGCCAAGUAGCACUGUGGUUUGAAAUCCACAUUAAAGUGUAGGUCCGCAUGUUUCGCCAUGUAAGUCCAUUCAAAGGUCUGAGGGAGGCAACUUGUAAUUAACUUAACUGUGUAGAGCUCUAUUAUAGUCUGCUUGCCAAUGGCUUCCCCAUUUUCCUGUUUUGUGUCUCAAUAUUUCUUUCGCAGAUGUAAAUACAACACUCUGUUUGGGACUGCAGUUUAUGUUGCCAGGUAAUAGUAUUAUUUCCAAGAGCUAAGUGUUCACUACACAAAAUCAGGCUGCUUCUACAGUUUCAUAAAAAGUUUAAAAAACUAGUCAUUGGGAGUUUUUGAAGCUUGCUACUUCAAGUCCGUAUUUGGUUAACAAUAAGGUUCUUUUUUCACAGCCGUGCGAAAACUGAAGUCUCUUAUUUUUUAUUGCCCGUACAUGUUUAAAUAUUGAUGUACUGUCUCAAUGGUUUCUCUUAUAGCGACAGUGGCUAAGUGGUGUUCCCCCCCCCCCCCCCCCCACCC